AUGACGAAUACUUAUUCAGCCCUGGAGUUCUGCGAUCCCUUCAGCCCUUGUGAUAUCGAUGUACGGGUCAACGAAUUGUCGGGAGAACUUUCGACUUCGAGCGUCCUGUUAAGCUCAUGUGACUACCAGAAUGACCCGAGGAGCUUCCUGGAAACCACACCAUCUCUUUCUAUAUCAAGUGAGUUGAAAUUGUCGAAGACGGAGAUAAUGACCCAGUAUUUCUUUGAGCAGCUUGUCAUGUCUGGGACGUGGCUUUCCCUCUUGCCACAACUAUACAUACGCUCCUGUGAGAACAGUGCAUUGAGACACUCCAUACGUGCGGCUUCGCUCUUACUACUGGGAAAUCAAGCCGGUGACCAUGGUGCGAUUGGCUCCGCCCGCAAGUUUUACGGCCGGUGUUUGAAUCUACUGAACGUUGCCCUCGACGAUGAUGCCCAGAAAUUGAAGGAUGAGACCUUCUGUACGGUUCUCGUUCUUCACUUGAUCAGCGAUAUUGCAGGGGAGCGCUCGGUCACAUCCGGGUCGCACCUGAGAGCGUGCAAAUCCCUCCUCUUGCAGCGAGCAUCUCAACAGUAUUCUGCCUCAACCAAUUCUAAGGUCGCAAAUUCUUUGGUUAUUCAAGCUCAAGCUUAUGUUCUGAAGCACUAUCCGGAAUGGUCUGAGCUGUGUGAGGAACAAGUCUGUCAUCGCGCUUCUGCAGAACCCGCGGCAGAAAUCUUACGCUGCUGCUUGGCAAUCGGGAAAUUACGAACCUCAGUCGAGAACCUAUCCAACGUACUAGUUGGGUCUGCUACCAAUAUCCAGAUGGUGUGGCUUGACGCUUUACAGGGAGCAGAAGAGAUUGACCGACGAUUUGAGGAAUGGGAGAGAAGCCUGACUGGUCGGUGGCUUCCAAUGACGACAAGCCACAGCCUUUCAGAUGUGCUUGACGCCACUAUGGACUUUUACAACGAUAUCCAGGUUGGCAAGGUAUGGAACCAGUAUCGAUGUGCUCGUAUUGCUCUUCAUGAGCUCAUCAUUGAAAUUGUGGAGAAUGUGGUCUAUAUUUGUCCCUCUUCCAGACAGAACGUGGUACCAAAGGUCAAGCGAUCCGCCCAGACUAUCACCAACAUGUUGUCUGCGAUAUGCGACAGCAUACCUUUCCACUUGCAAAGAGUCGACUCGAGGGGCCAACUGGUAACUCAAACGGCGCAAAGAGUCCUAGGUGGAGAGCAUCUUUUGUGGCCGCUAGAUGUCGUUCUUCACAGCCGCUGGAGUAACAAUUCACAACGAACGCAGGCGCACAAAACACUUGAGGAGAUUGGGACAUCUCUCGGCCUGAAACAAGCGUCGAAGACGAUCCAACGAGAGCAGGAAGCCCACAUCACUCUUACGGAAGAAGACUUUUAUACAGAGUUUCCGGCUGUGAGCUGGCCAGCCUGUUGAUUCAGUGAAGGCAAGCUGCGCGGCAUGACUGGAAUAUCAUCACAAAUGUGCUUUACGAUCUUUCAGCACCU